UUUCAGCGUUCACGUCCCGAAUUGUUCGACAACAAAAGUUCCACUUGCCAUUAGGGUUUCCUAAAGCUCAUCCCAAGAAUAAAAUGGAGCAGAGGUUGGCUAAUACCUUGAGGAUGACUGUGAAUGAGAAGAAAUUCAUUGAGACUGCCCUACUAUCAGAUCUCCGAGUUGAUGGACGAAGUCCAUUUGAUUAUAGAUGUGUAACUAUCAAGUUUGGUAGAGAAGAUGGUUCGUCAGAAGUGCAGCUUGGUCAGACUCAUGUUAUGGGUUUGGUAACUUCCCAACUAGUUCAACCUUAUCGCGACAGGCCAAAUGAAGGGUCUCUUUCGAUCUAUACCGAGUUCUCUCCAAUGGCUGAUCCUUCGUAUGAAGUAGGUCGUCCUGGAGAAUCUUCUGUUGAGUUGGGACGCAUAAUAGACCGUGGUUUAAGGGAAAGUCGGGCAGUAGACACGGAAUCACUGUGUGUCAUUGCUGGGAAGUUAGUAUGGGCAAUUCGCAUUGAUCUCCACAUUCUAGACAAUGGGGGAAACCUCGUUGAUGCUGCCAAUAUUGCUGCUUUGGCUGCUCUCUCGACAUUCCGGCGGCCUGAAUGUACAUUAGGUGGAGAAGAUGGUCAAGAAGUGAUAAUACAUCCACCUGAGGUGAGGGAGCCACUUCCUUUGAUAAUACAUCAUCUCCCUAUAGCGGUGACCUUUGGGUUUUUCAGUGAGGAUAAUAUAGUGGUAAUUGACCCAACACAUUAUGAAGAGGCUGUUAUGAGGGGGAGAAUGACGGCUACAGUCAAUACAAGUGGUGAUAUUUGUGCUAUUCAAAAAGCUGGAGGAGUGGGCGUCAUGCAGAGUCUUAUCAUGCAGUGUCUGAGAAUUGCUUCUGUGAAGGCCGCUGAUAUAACAAGCAAGAUUAAGAAUUCUGUCAUUUCAUGUGAGAUGGAAAAGAGUCAUGUUAAUGACGUUUCUCUCGUACUUCUGUGGGAGUGAUCAUUUCUUCUAUCAAGUGGCGGAGCCAGGAAUUUUAUUCAGAGGGGGAGACCUCUUUACAAUCAACUAAUGAUCAUUCUUGCGGUUCCGCAAUUGAUUGUUCGACUUUUGUUUUGAAAAGCUAGAAAAUAAGUUGGAUGGACUAAACAUGUCAAACAAAGUAGCAAUUUGCUAUUUGCCUCCCUGAGACAAGCAUUUAGGGUGCGUUUGGUUGGAUGGAAUGAAAUGUGAAUAGGAAUGGAAUAGAAUUGGAGGAAUUGAGAAUGGAAUAAUCGUUCCCAUUCUCAUGUUUGGUUGUGCUUAGGAGUAGUCAUUCUCAUCUCCAAUGGAAUAGUGUGGCAAUAGCAAUUUUUGGAGUGGCAAUAGCAUUUUUUGGAGUGGCAAUAGCAUUUUUUGGAGUGGCAAUAGUAAUUUUUGGUGUGGCAAUAGUGAAUGUUGGAGUGGCACUAGUAAUUUUGGUGUAACAAAGAAAUGGAAUAACAAUUCCUUUACUAAAGUGAAUAGUGAUUCCAUUUGGAAUCAUCAUUCCGUUAUUUAAUGGUGAACCAAACAUUGGAAUAAGUAAGUCAUUGGAAUGACUAUUCCAUUCUAAUCUUAAUUCCAUCCAACCAAACAUACCCUUAAUUCUUUAAGGGGUUCAUUUAUUUGGAUGGAAACAAGUGACGAUAAGCCCUAUGGCCAAAAUUUUCAAUUUCUUUAACAUUUUUUGAGCAAGUGUAUCCCAAAAAAAAGAUGUGGGAGAUAAAAUUUCAGGGGGGGCACAUGACCCCCCCUGGGUCUAUGCUGUCUUCGCCCCUGCUUCUAUCUAUAUUGAAUUGCUAGAUGUUGUUCAUGCCUAAAUUUCCUG